CGGCGCCCUGCGCGGCGCUGGCCGUCGUGCUGGUGCUGCUGCUGCCCCAGCUGACGGUGCCGCUGCUGACGCUGCUGGCCCUGCUGCUCCUCUGCUCGCUCUGUCUGGCCACCGGACUCGUCCUGCAGUUGCUGGGUCGGCGCCCGCUGCCCUCGGAGCGCUGGGGGCACUACCUGGACGAACUACAGAUGCUGGCGCACCACGCGCUGCCUGACCAGGUACCGGCGCCGACACCGACAGCCAGUCCUCCGCCGGCCGCGCCGCCGCCCGAGCCGGCCGGGGAUGCGUUCCAGGCAGAGCUGAUCGGACUGGUUGGAGAUGUGGAGCGGCAGUACAUCCUGAGCUGGUACACACACAUCAGCCGCGAGGUGUCGUUCCCGCGCCGGGGGAAGGCGCUGCUGGAUGACGCCGUGUACGAGCUGGCUGGCCGGGCGGCGGCGCUCAGCCCGCGCCGGCUGCUGAUCCGACUGACCCGGCUGGGCCAGCUGCACUACCAGCAGUACCGGCGGGCGGCGACCCACUGCGGCCGGCGGCCCGUGGAGUCCUCCUACCGACCGCGCCAUCCGGUGAGCCGAGGAGCCGUCACGGAGGCCGCCUACCUGACGGCCGUGGCUGGGAGACUGAUCAGGGACCUGGUGCCCGUCCGGCUGCGGCUGCAGGGCUCGCCCGAGUUGUGCCUGGCGCGACUGCUAGCCGCCAGUCUGCUGCGGUCGCUGCUGGAUCUGGUCAGUGAUCCGGUGGUUCUACUGCGUUGGAUACUGGAGGCGCUCUCCGAGCCGCCGGAGCAGCCGCAGCUGCCCACAGAGAGGGACCGAGCGCCGUCACUGACUGUAUCCGAGCCUUCUCUGACACUCACUGCCGCGGAGCCGGUCCCCAGCUCUGUGCCGGAUAUAGACGCGGCGGUCUGCGGGGUCCCAGCCGCUGCACCUACAGCUGAUCCCGCCACUGCCACCGCUGCUACCAUCACCCCUGCGACUUCCCCGGCCUCCCCGGCACCUGUGGCCACCAUGAUUACAGUCACCGUGGCCGACAAGGCAUCCCAAACCCACGACGAAUUCAUCGUGUUUCCGCUGGCGAGUCGGUCACGCACAGCCAGUCCAUCUUACACUGUAACCCGGCCAGCGGUGGUGCAGACGGCCCGCUGCGGCACUCAGACAAGACGCGGCACGCCACGUCGGCGCCGCGAGCGGCCGCCCGAGCCUGCUGCCGACGCCGCUCUGCAGGUGGCACCCUGCGGCCCGUUCGCCAAACUGUGGCGGCCGGCGGCGGUGCUCGGUGACCCGACCAGCCGGAGUCGGUUCCCGUUCGGUAGCGAUGAGGUGGUGCUGGGGAUUACGGAGCAGGAGUACCGUCAGAGACUGGACGCAGAGGCGGAGCGUAUGUGUCGGGCCCGGGAGCGCGCGCGUCGCCGCCGCCGGCGCAUGCAGCACCGCCGGAGCAGCAGUGUAGGGGACGUGGUGGCGCUGGAGCCGGCGCCGCCAGGCCGGCCGCCACCCGCCGCGGAUUCGGAGACGGUGCUGAGUGCGUCCCGUUCGGCGUUUGACCUGAACGCGCUGGGUGUGUCUGGAGAGGAUAGCACAGAGUCACGCAGGAAGGCCAGCUUGGUCCGCGAGGGAGCCGUUCAGAGGAACCCAUUGAACAGGGCGGAUGAGAUCGACCCCGCUCCCACGCCUGCCCCCGCCGCCACUGCAGCUCCGUCGGUCGGUCUGACCGUCCCCGAGACCCGGCCGAAUGGACAGGACCAGGUCAGUCCCGGCUCGGCGGUAGACACCGACAGUCGAACUCCUGCAGACGCCCGGCCGGCCGGGAGUAUCUCCCGCAGUGCCAGCAGCGACAGCAUCCCAAACAGGGCACGUGCAAAGUUCCAGAGCAUGCUGCAGUCGGCGGCGCUGGGUAUCUCCAAGAAGGCGCCGCCGCCACCAACCAACCGGCCGCCGCCGGCGCUGGCUGUCCUACCGACACCGGCGGCAGCAGCGGCGGCAACGGUGAGUCCAGCCUCCGCCGCCCCGCAGCAGCCUUCCGGAACUUCUCUGUCGACCGAGACGGACCGACCGCCGGUGAAACCGCCCCCAUCGGCUUCUAGCCUGUCUACGACGGUCACCUUUACCGCGGGGCCGUCUCCGAGCGCUCCAACUACCACUCCGGCUUCAGCCGGCGGCUCGGUGUCCUCCCCUCCUUCGGCAGCCGCGCCGCCGAUCUCCAGCUCCCCAGUCUCGUCCCCCGAGUACGAGGAGGCGGAGGACUUUGCCGGUACGAUCGCCAAGCUGCGCGCCGUGCUGGAGGAGCGUCGCCAGCUGAGCCGCAGCAGUCUGAGCAGCAGUACGGACACCCCCAGCUACAGCAGCUGCCCUCCGGCACUGCCGCCGUUCGCGGAGGACGGGCCGCCCGAGCCUCCACCCCCGCCCCCGGCCCCGCCGGCGUCCGCAACCUCCACGGCGAGCGGCAGCGGCGCGGAGGCGGUGCGCUCUGUGAUCGAUGGAGUUCGACAGAGACUGUUUAACCGAGACAGCAGCUCGGCCAGUUCGACCAGCUCACCGGGGCCGCGGUCCCUGGACGGACUGCAGCGGGACUCGUCAACUUCGCUCUACAGCAACAAGUCCGAGCGUGAGUUGGAGCUGGCCUCUCUGACCGAGGAGAUUAUGGAGGCGGCUGAGCUCCCCAUGGACGGACGCAUCUUCAUCAACGUGGUCAUCAGCGGAACGGAGACGGUGCGAGAGCGGGGCGGCGGCGAGUACACCCUCUAUACCGUUCAGUACGACGGUCUGUACCUGGCGGCGACGGACGGGGAGGACGGAGUGGACCCCUCCGAGACAUCCAUGGUGCUGAAGACGAACGUGGUGCGUCGCCGCUUCAGGGAGUUCCUAAACCUGCACUCCCGACUAGAGGCCAACCCCGAGUACAAGCACCUGCUGAGAGGCAUCAAGGAGCCGAACCGGUGGCAGACACUGCCGUUUAACCGUCUGGACAACGCUGCCAUCGUGUCCCGUCGCACCUUCCUAGAGCGGUACCUGUGUGAGCUGUGCGCGCGGCCCCAGAUCUCCACCAGCGCCGAGCUCAAGGAGUUCAUGGCCUACGAGACGGACGGCAGCAUCGCCUUCAUCAGAAAACCGGUCAUGAACGUGCCCAGAAUCGAUCAGAUGUUCACCAAGACCAUGUCUGGUGUGCUGAAGACGAUCCGCACGGCGCUGCCCAGUUUCGACAGUCACGAGUCGCAGCGGAAGAGCUCGACGGAGGAGCCACGCGCGCUCAGCGUCAGCUACAAGUACAACGUGCACGUCAUGUGCGGCACGGAUGAACAGAUGUCGCCGGUAGAGAUGCGGCUCAAGGACCUGAUAGUGGACUGGGACAAGCUGUCGGCGGUGCCCCUACAGAGGCCGCCACCCCCGGCAGGACCGGGUGGAGGGGACCGCCAGGACUCGGACCUGUCUUCUGAGGACGAGGUGUGUCAGUAUGAACACCACCUACCUCUCUCAUCUGCCCUGUUGGAUCUGUGUGUGGAGGUGCUGCGUCACAACGGACACUGGGCUGCCAGCGGACCGGCCGUCCGCACGACCAAAGUAGUAUUUGGCAGGCUACUGGAACACUCACUGCAGAGAGUGGUGGACCAGCUGUUUGGUCCCGCCGCCUGUGUCGACUACCUGCGGAUGGUGCGACAGGCGCUGUUUUCCGCUGAGGCGGAGCCGGAGCCGUCCCGACCGCCCAGCCCCGGCGACGUCCGGGCAGAGGUGGUCAGCGCCAUCGUGGACGCAUGUGGUCCGGCGUGUCUGGCGCUGGGUCGCGACACGGUCACCCUGGUGGUCUCCAGCCUUCUGGACUCGCUCCAGUCCGCCACCAUCAACCGCGACCUGGCCUUCCAGCUGCUGGACCUGCUGCUCCUGGAGCUGGUACCCGACCUGGGCUCGACUGGCUGAGGUCAGGGGUUACCGGGAUGAGAUAUUCAGGGGUCACUGGACUGAAGUCAGGGGUCGCGGGAUGAGAUUGGAAGGCACCCGGGUCAUGGCCUGGGCCGCCGACUUCAAAACUGGGAAGGAUCGUCAUAAGAUGUUUAGUACGAUAGGUGCGGGUACUGGCGCCCCAUGUGAUGUCCUGUGUGAGGAGGAAAAUUUUGUUAUAAUUGUCAGCUGUGGCAAUUAUCUCAACAAGGCUAGAAGAGUUUAUUUUGAACAGAUAGGUGAAGACAGCUUACCUUUCGUGCUAGAUUUCGAGAUAGUUUUUAAGUGUUGUAUGAAAAGGCGAGAAGUUCCUUUGUUCAAGAGGAGAGAUGCGAUGUGUUUUGAGAAGUCGGCAUUCUUUUAAAAAUCAAAGUUGGUGUGGUAUUUAUCAGUCUUAGUUCAUCGUUUCAUAGAAUGUAGGCCGUUGGGCAGCCACAUACUUUAGAAGAGUUGUUUGUUUUCACUUGUUUCCGCUACAACAUUCCCAUCUACCAGUCAUCGUGUACGGCCAGGCUCUCUCCUGGCCGGCGACUGUCAGCUGGCAGUCACCGCCCCGGCCCGCCACGCUUCGGUCUGUCGGACAUGUCGGACGGCGGCGCAAUAGUCUCAGAGACCUGUCCCUAUCUAUCCAGCGGACGGUGGACGCUGUGAAACCUGCGUUGCCCUUGAUCGCCCUCACCCAGUCAAGGUUCCUUCUCCGCUCCCCAGCACGCACAAUAUCACCCCAGAUCCCAGUCCACGGGGUUAUCGUCUCCAUACGCACACGCCUGCCACAGCAAGACUGUAGUCGUUAUUGUCUCGGUGCCGAUGGGAGGUCACUGCUGAUUGGAAUAGACAAGAUGUAGUGUAGCACCAGACUCCCGGUUAUAGGACCGGAGAGGCCCUCCCUCAGAGGACGAGAGCGUGUCUCUGGCGGUCGGAAGUCGGGAUGGGCUAGUACCCCGUGUCGGGGUGGCGUGGCUCUGCCAAAUACGGGCAUAUUAUGCUAAGUCAGCUCGCCGUGUCAUAGACAGGGGCAUGUGUAUCGUGUGUGGUGUUGCUGCGAAUCGUAGCUGCUAGCUAGUCGGGCGGAGCGGGAGCUGCUCUGGCGCCCCUUCGGAGGGCGGCUGGGCCGAGCGGGAAUAGAGAAGCCUCGUUUACCCUAUCCUAUUUACAGUAUUGAAAAUAUCCUGUAUGUGUGUCGUACCUGAUAUAUAUUUAACCACCGAGAUGUGUUAUUAUUAUUACCUGUAUGGUGCCACCCCCGACCGGGCAUAUGUAUCCAUUCCAGUAUCAUAUCCUGAGUAUUUUUAUUAUAUGGGAUAGUGCUAAUAUUUUGGUAUGCAUAUAUGUGGGGAAGAGCCGCUGGACGGCGGACGCGAUCGCGCUGUCGUGUGGUGUUCGAUGGCAGUGUGCGCCAUGUUCCGUGAGCCGCUGUGCGCGCUGUCCGUAAACCACUGUGCGCAGCUGAUUUGAGGACGUUGGCUGGCCUGGGCGGCGGGUAGCAAUAAGACAGCCUGCCACUGACUGUGCGUCUCGCUCUGCACCGGCUCCUGUCCUGUCCUUGCUAGUGGUCGUUAUAUUCCGGCAGCGUGGGACACGAACUGUGACAAAUGUCAACCGAGACCCCUGGACCUCUUGUAGAAACUGGGAGCUGGAGCCCAGCCUGCCGUCGUGUCGUGUCGUAGAGCGCACAGCUUUGGUACCGUUCGCCAAUGUGUCCGGUGUGCGCCCUUCUGUCGGUAUCUGCUCAGCUGGUGUUACUGUCGUGUCCCCUCCAAACUGGCUGUCCUGUCGUGUAUCUCUGUGAUCUGAGCUGAGCUGAGCUGAGUGCUGAGCUGAGCUGACCUACCUAGUACGUCCCCCCUACCUGUGCCGUCGUGACCUGACCUGACCUGGCCCGUCAGUCUCCCUUGCUCAGUGGCAUCCCUCCCCACCGCUCUCCGACCGAGAGCUUCCAGUGCAAUGACUCCUCGCUGUGAAACGGCCACGGACUAGCUCAUGUUCUGAGGCGGCCACGCCGCGACGGCCCUGGCACUGCAACUGAUUCUUAUCCCUGAUUGUAGCUGCUUUCUGGUAAAUCUGUCAUUCCGUCCUCAAUCUGCUACCAUUUGUAGUCUCCCUCUCCUCCCAAUCCUUUCCUCUUUGCCUUCCCCUCCAUUCCUCUUCUCUCCUCCCUUCUCCCAUCCUUAAUCCUCUCCCUCUCUCUUUCUCUCCUCCCUCUCUCGUCCUUUGCCUCUCUCUUUCUCUCCAUCUCUCUUUCCUCUCCUUUCUUCCCUUCCUUUCCUAUCUCGCCUUCCUCUCCGUCCUUUCACUGUCCCUCUUCCCAUCUCCCAUCCCUUCCUCAUCUUUCUUCUCAACCUUCCCUCCCCCUGCUGGUCGUUUCCGCUCACAGUGCUCGAAUAGACUGUACCGCCGUGUUGCCCGUGCUGCGCUGGUGUUGUCAAGUGACUGUUGAACUGAGCUGCCCGACCUCCGAGGUCAAGAGACCCCCUGCUGAUAGUCGUUGGACGCGGCUGGAUAUCUGCCAAACGGCAGACAAUGGCUCGAUGUUAUGUGGGAACAGUGUUGAUGUUAUAUGGGGCUGUCAAUGUAAUACAGGGAAUAUACGUGAAUGUGAUAUCGUGA